AUGGGGAUUAGAUUAAAUUGGAUUCGAUUGGCAGGAUGGGAGCUCACUGAGCUCAGAAGAGAUGAGAAUGGGCGCCUCCAUCCCCACAAAGCUCUUGGUCUGGUCCAGGCCACAGGGCUUGCUCCGAGCCAAUCGGAGAACCGGAAGCAGGAGCGGAGCCUGGACAGGACUCCGGCCCACGCGCGGGGAUUGGGUAACAGCCAAACUCUGGGUCGCUGUCCAGUUUCUUGGCAAAGCGGGCAUAUAAACCACUGUGAAGUGUCACCUGUGGCACGGAUUUUGCUGCUCUUAAGUGCUUCGCGGUUGCGAGUCUCCUGCCGUCAUCGUCCUAGAGUUCCCGGGGUCAUUCCAUCUGGAGCACAUUCAGUACAGUACAGCGGUUUAUCCUUGAGUCAUUUCCUCAAGUAUCCCUUUCUGCGCAGCUACUCCCUUUCCUUGCUCCUUCAGGUACCAAUACAAAUAGAAAUGAAUGAAACGUUCGAAAAUACGCUUAUCCAUGUCUACGAAUUCGAGAAGAUGUCGGACUUUCGACCCUUGCUGUCUGAAUAUUGGUCACUGGCCAUUGUUUUGGCUCUGGUUUACCUCGUGUUCAUUUUCAUGGGGCAGAGAUAUAUGAAGGACCGAAAAGGCUUCAACUUACGGUUGCCUCUAGCGACUUGGUCUUUCAUCCUUGCCAUUUUCAGCAUCCUGGGAGCUGUGAGGACUUGGAAGUAUGGAGGAGCUCUACUCAUAAUGAUGGGGCUGAAGAAUUCCUUGUGCCAUCAUAGCGUCAUCACUAACCCUACUGUGCGCUUCUGGGCCCUCCUUUUUGUACUUAGCAAAAUUGUGGAGCUUGGGGACACUGUAUUCAUCAUACUUCGGAAGCAGCGGCUCCUGUUCUUGCACUGGUUCCAUCAUAGCACAGUGCUAGUGUACACAUGGUUUGCCUACAAGUAUGCUGUGGCAGGUGCUUUCUGGUUUAUGACUAUGAACUAUGGUGUACAUGCUUUCAUGUAUUCUUACUACACAGUGAAGGCCUUGCGUCUAAAACCCCCCCGAUAUCUGCCCAUGCUCAUCACCACUCUGCAGAUCACACAGAUGUUUGUUGGGGCCUCUGUCAGCAUCUUGAGCUUCCUCUUUCGAAAUGAAUGUGAGUGCUACACCUCUACGCAAUACCUUUUCUGGAGUUUUGCCAUGUAUGCUGCCUACUUUGCCCUUUUCCUGCACUUCUUUUAUAAGGCCUACUUCUCAGCUUCUCAAACCAAGGCUGAGAUCAAGGCCAAGAGCCAGUGAAGUCAGAGAUCUAAAGAAGUAAGAGAGCCAACUGCUCCUCUCCUUUGGAGGUGGACCUUUCAGUGAGGGGAAAGUCCUGAGGGCAGAGGGAAUGAAGAACAGGUCAGGCUCUGGGGAUAAUUGUGUGGUCCUCUCCUCCUCCAAUGUAUUCUUGGGGAAGUAAGGGAAAUUUACCAAGAUGUGCUCCCUUCCUUUGUGUGGGGUUAGGACUUGAGAAACCCCCUCCCACACAUACACAUAGGAAAAAGCCCCAUAAUUUGAUAUUUCUGAUUUUAAUGUGAAGGCCAGAGAGAACGUCCCUUUUUCAGGCCCUUAGGUAAGAUGGAAGCUAGUGCUGGUCCUGUCACAGAGAAAUAGUCCUGGCCUUCUGAGGUUAUUUAUAUUUCUAUUGAGAAAUCUUAAUUCUUCUCGCUAUAUUUUUAAAAAUUAAACAUCUAAAAGAAAUGUGCCUCCUUUCCCCUACCAGAAGUGUUCCUUGGAGUGGGACCAGCUUUGCCCACAUAGAAAGUUUGGCAUGAGAAUUUGACAUGAAUGGCUGGGGCAGGAGAGACAUGUGGGGGUCAGCCUGGGGGAGGAUGUGGAAAGAAACUCCCGCCCCCCACAUUUAUAUGAACAACGUUAUACAUGAAACACAGACAACCCUACAGACUCUGCCGGCCUUCAGCACCCACCUUGACUGGACUACACAGAAACACUGGCUGAGAUGGAGUCUAUCAGAGGAAAUACUGGCCGUAGCCCUGCGGACAGAGACACGGGCAAACAGAAACACUGCUAGGGACACACGCACACACAACACAAAUAGAUAAGUCACUUAAGAAAUGUUCUUUAUGGACUCAUAGAACCUUAGGAGUAGAAGGUAAAAUGAGAGAGUGAUGCCGGGUGAGGAAAUGAGUCCAGAGAAGGGAGUGACCCUUGGAUAAAAUAAUUCAUCAAAUUAGUGAAUCAAGGACUGGGGACCUAGAUCUUCGCUUCCGGGUCUCAGCCUCUUUCCACUGCACCACACUUCCUCGGUUUAUGAUGAGGUGACACACAAACGCACACACCCUCUAUCU